AUGGAUGCUCAGCCGCUUCUCGGGAACGGAAUUUCCAUUGAGGUUGAAGAAAAACCACUGAACACUAAAGGCCUCAAAGCUCUCUCUUUAGAAGAGUGGUCGGCGUUCAAACCAAUCAUACAGCAAUUAUAUAUUGAUAAAAACAAAACUCUCCAAGAUGUUGCUAGCAUACUCAUGAGCGAAUUCGGAUUUUAUCCUACAAGGCGCCAAUUGACGAGGAAAUUUGAGGAAUGGGGUUUAAAAAAGAAUCUUAGAAAAGCGGAAAGGAAGCUCCUUCUAGAAAAUGGGCAUUCCAAAGGCACCUCGCAUGUCAGUAUCUCGGACAAACGUGUUUUAGACCCUCGAAGGAUCCAAAGGUUGAAAAGAAGAUAUGGACAUGAAACUCAACGGCCUCAAGAUCUGCCCCUAGAAAAAAUUGAUGGGGUAGUGAUACCUGCUGUAACAGAAUCGUGUCCCUCACUCGGAGAGCAGCAAUCUACAAUAAAUCACAUGGAAGAGGUUCCUGCAAGUCAUUCGACGCCCCUGCGCUUGGAGAUUCCCGAUGAGGAUGCUGCCAUGGAUUCAGAACAUUGGCCAUUUGAGUGGGAUGCUGUCGAUGUCCCAGGAUCUCCUGGAUUGACCCGACUAUUCGACCGAUUGGAGCUUGAAGCCUCUAUAACACCUAUAGAUAUCGAUGAUGAAGUUGUGGAAGAAAAGCAACUGGUCUCAGGAAUUGAGCUUCGCCACAAAGUAGACAUGCCGAAGGCUGCAUUGCAGCUUGUCAACCGCAAUGAUGAAAAAAUAAUAGCGACUUACCUUGACAUUGUCGAAGAGCUCUUGGAACAAGGCAAAACUUCAGAAGCAGAACACUUGCAUCGAAGUUUACACCAAACGAUCCAAGAAUCUGGGUCGAGCGUUGAACAAUCUUUGCAUAUUCGGUUGUCCUAUCUAGAAGCCUCUAUUCUAUGGGUAUGUGGUCAAAUUCAGGAGGCCGAAAAUAUCAUCCGAUUAGUGAUACAGAAAGCUUUAAGAUUCCUCGGCCCAAGUCAUAAAAUAACGAUGAAAGCGUUUGGCCUUCAUGGCCUUUUACUCGGUAUAUCUGAGACCGAAUCAUAUUCAGGAGCCGAGAAGCUAUAUAGAUACAUCAUACAGGCAGGCAGGAGUGGUUUGCAAAAUGAACCUUGGAGUUACUUCGAGAAUAUCAGGUUGUUGAUCAUCAUCCUGAAAGAUAUGAAAAAAUUUGAAGAAAGUUACACUCUGUGUACAAAUAUUAUGGAACAAUUGAAACAAACAUUGGGGGAGUGCCACUCUUGCUUUCGUCAAUUUCAAUGCACACUAAGUGGUCUCCUUCGUGCAUGGGGCAGGCUAUCGGAGUCCAUCGAACUUUUACAUGAGAUGAUUACAGAAGAAGACAUGGAUCGAGAUUUCCUCCGAGUAGAUAUUUGUUAUGAGCUCGCUUACGCCCUACAUGAAGAUGGAAAUUAUCGGAAAGCGAUGGUUUGGUAUAAAAGGUGUCUAUUAUAUUCAACUGAGCUAUGCGGUCGGCGUAGUAAUCAUAUGAUGAUUAUGUGUCCCAGUGAAGCACUAGGGGGUUGUUAUGAAGAUCUAUCGCAGUUCGAGGAUGCAUUAUUCCUUUAUGAGAAGCUUUCAGAAAAAUUAAAGAUUGCUCUUACAGAUGAUAACCCAUUAAUCAAAGAAGUCGAAAGAUGGAUUAAUUGGAUACAAUAUCGUAUUAAUGAGAGCGUUGCGAGUAUCGAGGAGAAUGAGGAUAUUAUAUAUGACAUGAGCUUGGAUGAGAUUUUCGAAAUGGAAGACAGAGAGCUUGAUGAAAGGAUUGUCAAGACAAGCAACCAGAUUAGCACAAUAAAGCUGGUCUAA